AUGUCUCGUGUUGAGUGUGCCAAGGCGCUGUCCCUCGACACAGCGUCGGCAGAAGCGCCCACUACACAUUCCGUCGCUCUGAGAUGGUGCAGCGGGUUAACGCUUCUGUCUCCCAAUAUCUGCUCCAGCUCUUCAAAUGUGGACGUACAGCAGCCAAUGAGCUACCGAUUAAGCGUUAUCUCACAGUCUCAUGGCACCAUUGCACAGAGAUCUCGUUUUCUUGACCUGACCAAGCGUGAAGAGAGGCGGGAGGCGAGUGAGAUGGAAACGGAACAUGCUCAGCUAGAUUCAUUUGACUAUUUUGCUGAUUUGUGGAAAUAUGGUGUUUUGGCCCUGUCCAUCCUUCUGCUAUUGGUGGCACUCAUCAUUUUAACCUGUCAACUCUGUGAGUGCCAGAAACUCAGCAAAGCUGGAAAAGAAAGAAAAUAUGCCAAUGAAGCUUGCAAUGGGAUAACACAAGAGAAUGGCUUUUUAGGGGAAAGUUUACCAUCAUCUUUCCAUGACACUGCCCAACAUCCAUAUUAUAGUCUCAAGAACCAAAAAAUCCAAAAGGAGCUUAAGAAAUUUGGCAUUGUCCUAUCACCAUCCUCAGCUCGUAGUGAUAACAUGGGCGGUGAUGUGGAUAUUCCUGACCGAAUCCAGGGCAAGUUGAGGUUCUCGCUUCUGUACAACAAAAAACGCUUGGAGCUGCUCUUGAUGAUCACAGGGGCACUGGGCCUUCCUAGCCAAGGCUGCACGAACAUUUUCAUUCAGGUCAAGUUGCUGAGCUGUGUGUCCUGCCAGCUCCCUGGCCUUCAGAACAUUAUCCAUGAAUGGCAAACCCAGGUGGUGAAGAACUGCUCCAGCCCUGCUUUUGGUGACCAGUUUGUUUGCACCCUGCAAGAGGCUGAUCUGGCAAAGAGCAGCAUCAAGUUAGAGGUUAGACACUUUGACAGAUAUUCCUGUCACAUGCCUCUGGGAGAGGUGAGGGUAGCCUUGAAUUCAUUAAAGAUUUUCCAAAGUAUGGAAUUCUGUGAAGAAUUGCGCAGAACAACAAAGGACAUUGUUGGAGAGGUACUUGUGUCAUUGAAGUGUCUUCCUCUCUCUCAGAAGAUAGAAGUUGGGCUGCUAAAGGUUAAAACUGCCUCCAUGUACAAUAGUCCAGAUAAACAAAUAUACGCAAGAAUUGAUGUCUUCUGGAAUCUUCAUAAGCAAAAGCACCAGAAAUCUAAACCCAAGUCUCUCACAUCAGUUACAGUUUUCAAUGAGACUUUCCUCUUCCACCUUCCUGAGCCUCUAGUCUGGGACUGUGCUGUCUUUAUCUCCAUUUACAAGAUGCAUUCAAGUGGCAUGCAGCUUGUUGGACAGGCUGCUGUGGGGAAAACAGGACCUGGUGAAGUGAAUUAUCACCAGGACUGCAAGAUGCAGUCUAUCCAGCAUCCCAUAGCUAAGUGGCAUCCUCUGCUCAUUUAAACGAAGAUUUUGCUGUGAGAAGAACUGACUCAUAAACUUUCCUGCCUACUAGAAGAAACUGCUUCAGUUUUCAGAUCAGAAGUUCUCAAGCAGGGGCCAUGGAAUCAUAGAGUUGGAAGA